AGUCGCGUUUUAACUCGCGAUCCGCCUAAAAAUGACACACGACAUUGCGAGUCAUAUAUAAUCCUUUUUUCAUUGUCAACAGGCCUAAGAUUAACAUUAAAUUAAUUUUACGUUCAAUUUUUGUAUAAAAAAAAAAUCAAAAUAUAUAAAUUAUGUAAUUUAAAAGUAAUUAAAUCAUUAAAAAUCAAAAAAAUAAAUAAAUUCAAUAAUCAAAAAUAUAUAUUAAAAAAACAAAAAAUAUUAUUUUUCAUUUUUUUUAAAUUUAAUGGAAAUUUAAAAAUCAAAAAUUAGAUUUAAAAAAAAAACCAAAAGUAUAUAUGAUUUUUCUAUUUUUGUAAUUUUUUUUUUUUCAUUAUAAUUUUAUUAUUAUUUUUGUGUUUUUUAUAAUUUUUUUUUAGUUUUAAAUUGAGUUGAAAAAAAAUGAUAGAGCCGGUGAAAUUUAAAUGAAUAUUCGACAUGUGAAUAAAAGAAAAAUAAUUAAAAUUUCAGUUUACAAAAGUGACAAAUAAAAUGGUUCAGUAAAAAAAAAAAGAAAAGUAAAAAACAAAUGACAAUUGUUAUUAAUAAAUAAAACAACAUUAUUUUAGUGGAAAAAAAUAUUUGUGAUGUUAAAAAAAUGUUAAUCAAAUAGGCGCGAAAAUUUUGUUAAACUGAAUGUUAUACAAAUAAACGAUAACACAUUACAAGCUCUAAAAAAAAAACCACAAGUGGUCACAGAAAAAACAAAUAACCCUAACUUCAAACACUUAUUGUUUAUAAAUUAGUAAAAAAAAAAAAAAAAACGAAUUAACGACUUUUUAAUUACACCCACAUACAUAGUGUUAUGAAUUGAAAAAAAAUAUUGUCACCUCUAUCAAAAUAAAAAUGUGAAAAAAUAUAAUGAUCAAAAUAAAAAAUCCAAGUCAAUAAAAAAUCUAGACUAAAAAAUUACCAAAAAAAUCAAAUAAACAAAUGGCAUGACAAAAUGAUAUAAAAAUAAUAGACUAGUAUAGUAAUAAGCAGUAGCAAAAAAAAAUGAUGAAAAUGGAGCAAGGCCAUAUGCUAAAAAUUGAUGAAACAUUAAAGUGCAAUGUAGUAACAGUAUGUACAAAAAUUUUAGUAAUAAUUUUAUCAACGCGAAUCGACGAGUACUCAUGGGAUCUACAAAAUGAUCGUACCCAAAGGCGAUUAUUGGAUCGAGCAGUAUCUUGGGACGCAUAAAAAUAAUCUAGAGUGGUUUAUCCCUUUAAAGAAAAUUCAUCAAAAGCUAACAUAAUAAAGUAAUAAAAAAAAAUUAAAAAAAUAAAUUGAUCCAUCAUCAUCAUCAUCAUCAUCAUCUAGCCAGCUGUUAUAAAAAAAAGGAAAAAAGUUUGAAAUGAUUAUUGAAUAUUCGUCAUUAUUAUCAACGACCAAUAUAAAAAUAAUAAUAUAUUUAUUAAAAUUUUCAAAAUAAAAUAAUUAAUUAAUAAUAAAAAAAAAUUAAUUAAUCAAAAUUGAUAAAUUUGAUCCUGAGGGAUUGACUGGCGUCACCUCGAGCGACGACGAAGACGAUUCACAAACUGGUCUGAUGCGUGGUAGUAGUUCAGAAUUACUGCUUGACGCAGGUAGCCAGUGCCAGUCAAAUCCCCAGAAAUACGAAAUACAGGAACAAGAAGCACGUCGUCGCAAACUGUUGGAACUCGGUUUUGGCGCUUCGCGGCGCCGUCCGCCACGGCGUACAUGCCGUCAGCGGUUUAAUUUUUAUGCAACAUCAGCACUUGCACUUGUAGCAACAUCUGGUGGUGCUGCAUUAUUAUUUUUGGUACCAUUAUAUGUUGAUCCAGCAAUAAGUACAUUGGCUGCUGAUUUUUCACCACAACCAGUUAUAUGUACAACAAUAAGACGUGAAGAUAUUGUUGGUAUAUUUAAUUGUACAUGGAGCUCAUGUAGAGAAGGUUGUACAAGUGAUGUUUAUAAAUGUACACAUAUUUAUGUUACAUAUACACCAUUAAAUGAUUCAUCUUAUUGGAAUUAUAAUAAUAAUAAUAUUAAUGAUAGUAAUAGUAAAUUAAUUACAACGACAACGACAACGACAUUAGCUACAUCAACUGAUUCUGAAUCACCUGGUGAAAUUGAAGCAAUACUUAAAGUUAAUAUAAAAGGUUGUGGUUAUCCACCACUUAUUGAUUGUGAAAAUUUUACACGUGAUCUUGGUUUUGAAGGAGCAAAAUUUCCAUGUCAUUAUAGUCGUGUUAAUGGUAGUAUUGUGUUGACAAAUUAUAAUCGUGAAGCUAUGGUUGAAAUAAUAAUGCAUUUUUUUGCUGCACCAUUUGUUGUGACACUUGCAACAAGUGUUGCACUUUGUGUUAUGCAUUGUGACUGCAGAUGUGCAGCACCACCACCACAUCAUUCACGUGGAAUGAGAAGAACCAGAAUGAAUGAUCUCAGUGAUCACUCAAUAAGCAAUAGAGUUGACAGAAGAGGACAUUCACAUUCAGUACAUUGUGAAUGUGGCGAAGUGACAAGACCAUUAUGACGAAGGGAGGAAACGGCUGAGAGUACUCUGGCAACAUCUCAGUCGGAUUUGUAAAAUACAUAAUAUUUUAACCAAUAUUGCCAGUUGAAUUAUAAUAAAAUAUCAACAACUAAAAUAAACAAAAAUAAUAAAAAAUCAAUUUUUAUUUAACCAUUAUGCAAUAUAUCCAGUGCAUCACUUUCAACUUCUCAACAAUUGAAAUGAAAACAAUUAAAUAAACAAAUAAACAAACUUAAAAAUUAACAAUUUAAUUAUCACAUAAAUAAAGUAAUCUCGUGAUUGUUAUUGCUCAUAUAAAAAAAAAAAAAUUCACAGUGACAAAAAAUAAUAAUAAUAAAAUAUAAGUGACAGUGUAAUAAUAAUCUUCAAGUUUAUAAUUAAAAAAUUAGUGAAUUAAAAAUUUAAGUGUUGAAAAAAUUGAUUAUAUAAAAAUAAAAAAAAAACAGUGUUUAUUUAUUUUUUUUAUUUUAAUUUUGUUCAAUUAUAACGAUUAGAAAUAAACAUUAAAUUAGAUGUUAAUGAUUGACAUAAAUUGUGUUGAUAUAAUAAUUGACGUGUGUAUAAAUGAGUAAAUAUAUGAUCUCGGUUUCCAGGGUCAUCAUCAAAGCUUAAUUGUUCAAAAGGCAUUGACAUUUCAGCUGAUUUUGUUAUCAAUAAAAGCAUCCUACAAAUUGGUUUAUCAUUAAUGCAUAAUGAUUAUUGAUAAUGAUAUUAUUAUGUGGGUGUUCAUUGUCAUAAUAUUUGUGAAUAUUAUGUUUACUAUAUGAUAAUGAAAUUUAGGGUUGAUAUAAUUUUAUGUUAUGGUAUAUUAAUUAAGAUGUAAAGUAUUUUAUGAAAUAUGUUUAUUGAUACUUGUUAGAAGAUAAAUUAUAUCUUAGAUAAAUAAAUAAAAUAUAUUUUAUCUUUUACUGCAAUGAAAUUUCAUGAAGGUCAAUGCUAGGGCUUGAUAACAGAUAUGAAAAGGUUUUAUCACUUUUAGUAUAUGACCAUUGUUACGAGUCAAUUUUUAUUUAUUUAUAAAUUAUUAUUUUGUAAUACUCGAGUUAAUUGGUUACUGGAUUAAUUGUCCCUAUUUUUUUAUAUUAUUUAAAUUUUAUAAGGCAUAAAAAAAUUGUAUAAUCGAAAAUUGAAUUUAAAAAUUAUUCAUAAUAUUUUUACAUAAAUUGAUUUAUUUGAAAAAAUUGUAAUUAUAAAUUGAUUAAAAAAUAUAGAUUCUAGAAUAUAUUGGUAUUUUUUUUUAUUUUUUUUUUUAAUAACUUGCAUCAAUUUAAAAAAAAAUAUGUAUUAAUACGAUUUUAUUAUUAUUUUUAUUUGUGUCAGAUCAUCAAACUCGGGUCGAGGUAAAAAUUUGUUAUAUACAUUUAGUAUAUAGCAGGUAAAACUGGAAGUUUGCCAAACCACAAAUCGACCACCGCGAAAUGGAUUCGUGUUAAAAAAAAUGAUGAUGAAAAAAAGGUAUAAUAAAAAUUCAAACUAUAAAAAUUUAGGAUAAUGUUAAAGGACAAGUAAAGAGUAAAAAUAUAAAAAUAAAAUAAACUCAGUUGGCAAGUUAUAUGGUAAAGGAAAUAAAUUUUUUUUUUUCACUUUGAUUAUUAUUUUAUUAAUCAUCUAUUUUAUUAUUCAUUAAUUUUAUUACUGAAUAAUUUUUCAAUUCAUUUCUUUUUUUAAUAUAAAAUAACAUAUAUAAAUGUAAAAUCGAUUGAAAAAAAAUCUCAUAAAAUAUUUACAUAAUAAAAUAUAACAUAUCGUGCCAGAGUAAAUGUCGAGCUUUUAUUAAAAUAUAAAUCAAAACUUUAAUUUAUAAAUAAUAUAUUUUUUUAGUAUUUUAAAUCAUUUAUAAUAAAUUUUAUUAUAAAUAUUUUCUUAAAGUUCGUUAGUUCGAGUGUAAUUUAUUUAAAAACUUAACAAUAUUAUAGAUUUGAUAAAAAAAAAUAGAAAAUAUUUUCUUCUUUUUUAAUUUUAUUAAUAAUUUUAUAAAAAUUUAUAAAAAAAAUUAAUUCCAAUCGAUUGAUAUUGUUUUUAUUUUGCUCCAGUAACCAAUUAAAUUUUUAUAUUUUGUUUUCAUUAAUUAUCGAGAAUGACAGGUUUAUUGAACGAUGAAAAAAAAAAUAAUUUGAAUAACAUAAAUUAAUGAUAAAUAAUGUUUAAAAAAAUGCUCCAUAUCGUUACAGUAAGGCAGUAUUAAUAGCGCAAAAGUUAAAUAAUAUAUUUAAAAAAUAAAAAUAAAAUUAAGCGUUGAUCGCAAAAUAAUACGAGUGAGCAAAUAAAUGAUUUUAUGAUGUGAAAAAUAAAUAAACAAAUCAACUAUAUUUAGUUUAUCUUUAAAAUAAUUAUAUAAAAAAAAAAAAAGUUGAUUUAUUUUAUUUUUUAUUUAUACUUGUUACAUAUAUAGGUCGAGUGAUUUAUCAUUUUUAUAAAGCCACAAUUUUCAGUUACCAUGUGCAGUUAUUAGUUUGACAUAAAAGUAAAUUAUUGGGCUUUUUAGUGACAGGUAGUUCUCGAGAAUGAGAUAUUGCAAAAAUUUUGAUAGAUGAGAUGAAAAAUAAAAAAAAGGUUAUUCAAGCUAAAAUUAUAUUUGGUGACAUUCAACCAAUUUGCAAGGAUCAUACAAUGUCAUAUCAAGUGAGUAAAUUUUCAGUGGUCUAAGCAAUUUUUUUUUUUUCAUUUCUUUUUCGUGUUAUAAUAAUUUGGCAUUUGUGGAGAAAAAAAUAAAAAUCGAUAAAUCAAUUUCCAUUGUUAUUUAUUUGCCGAAAAAUAUUCAUUAUAAUUUUUCUAAUAUUUCAUGAUUUUUGUGAUAAUUAAAUUAGCUUAUUUUGAAUAUCGUCGAAACCAAUAUGAAUAAAUAAUUAUUUUUCUAUCGAUUUAAAUUAUGAGUUUUAAAUUUUUCAUUUAUUUCAUAUACGCUUCGCUGAAUGUCAAAUGGACCUAAUACUUUGUCAAUGCUCGAUGUUUAUAUUCAUAAAAUAAUAUUAAAUAAAUAUUUUAAAAAAUAUUCACAACGAUACCACCAAUCACGUAUUAUUAAAAUUACUGCCAUGGCUUUUGAAACAAGUCAAGUUUAAAAAAAAAAAAAAUUCUAUAUAUAUAAUGCUAAAUAUUUGUGCACCACAGCCAAUCAAAAUUCAAUCAAUUCCACCACGAUAACCAAAAGCUAUAUUUAAAAAAAGACAAAAAAAGUUUUAAAUAUUAAAAUAAUAAUUAUAAAAAAUAAAUGUAGAUAGUUUCUCAUUUAAAAUUCGAUGGAA